UUAAUAUGUGACGUAAAAUUUCAGAUUUCAUGCCAAGCUACAUGUUUUCAUUGGAUUUGUGGAACAUGUACAAUGAAUGUUUGGCGGCAAGACUUUCAACGUUGUGAAUGUCCAAUCUGUGAUAAACCUAUUAACCUUUUGAUUCCAACAGAUGUGAACAAGUCUCGUCACAACCCUGAAGUUCUGUCUAAAAUACAUGCUUAUAACCAUACGUUUGGUCCUAUAUCUAAUAUUCCCAUUUUCUUUCUUUAUCAUGUGCUUUUUAGGGACCUCCUUUUGAAUAAUGUAUCUCCUACUAUUUAUUUCAAUGCUCGUUUCUUCAUUGGUAUAAUAAUGAUGUUUGUAUACAUGUACAGUCCUUUGAGAGAGGUAUUUGGAACGAGAAUACUUCCUCUAUUUGGGCUAUUAUGGAUACCACAUACUGCUUCCAUCUAUAAAUCAGAACUUUGCAUCCGUCACGGGGGUAAUUUUAGAAGGUAAGAAAUUUAUAACAUAAGAGGGUGAAAAUAGAGCUUAUUAGAUGAGAAGAUUCAAAUGAAAUGCUCCUUAAUAAAGUGGUUUUAUCUUUCAUGUUAAUUCAUAAUUACAUUACUUCACUCUU